CUGCAAGCGGCGGGACGCACCGCCACAGUCAACUUCGUCACUCGGGCACUCUGUUCCUCCCAGGCACCGCAAGGAUCCACGCUUUUGUCCAGCACGCCGACGCGCAUUUCUCCCGAGACUCUCAGUAACAAACGAUAUCCAGCUUGCCACCCGUCGUACUACGUUUUUGCUGUCUUGUACUGCGAUUAGCAGUUCAGCGACUUCGAUACCCCAAAUCCGCCGUUGCAAGGAAGAACACAGCAAUCCGCGAAGAUGUCUUGGGCGGGUUUCAAGAAGAAUGUUAACCGCGCGACGACGCAGGUGAUGAUGAAAACCGGUCAUGUCGAGAAGACAAACGACCGGGAUUAUGAAGUCGAGGAGAGGAGAUUCAGGACAAUGGAGGCGGCCUCGUUGCGGUUACAAAAGGAGGCCAAGGGAUACCUGGAUUCAUUACGAGCAAUGACGGCUUCACAAAUGCGAAUUGCCGAAACGAUCGACGCAUUUUACGGCGACUCGGGCGCCAAGGACGGCGUCAGCAGAAGUUACAAGCAAGCUGUUGAGGACCUCGACGCCGAGACGAUCAAGGCGCUAGAUGGGCCAUACCGCACAACAGUACUAGAACCCAUCUCGCGGUUUUGCGCAUACUUCCCCGACGUAAACGAAUGCAUCAAAAAACGCGGCCACAAGCUCCUCGACUACGACGCGCUCCGCGCCAAGGUCAAGAAGCUCGUCGAGAAGCCCGACAAGGACGUGACCAAGCUGCCGCGAGCCGAGAAGGAGAUGGACAUGGCCAAGGCGGCGUACGAGCAGCUCAACGAGCAGCUGUGCUCGGAACUGCCGCAGCUGAUCGACCUGCGCGUGCCGUACCUCGACCCGUCGUUCGAGGCGCUCGUCAAGAUCCAGCUGCGCUUCUGCGCCGAGGCGUACAGCCGCAUGGCCCAGGUCCAACAGUAUCUCGACGCCGACACCCGCGAGCAGUACGCCCAAGGGCAGCUGGAUACGCGGGUGGAGCAGGUGUUGCAGGAGAUCAGGGAGCUGAGCAUCAGCGGGACCGUUUGAUCCCGUCUUCUGGGGUAGGGAAGUAGGAUAUAUGAGCAUGGUGCCGGUUGCUGCCUCCCGAGUUGGGGAGCAGGAAGAUCACACCUCUUUUGCGGCGUUUGGUUCUGGCAUUGGUUAGUUAUACAGGGUAUACCGGUGAGCACGGGCGUGUAACUGAAAAGAUACCCGUCAUUCUAGGCGCGGUGCUGUUCUAUAGGUCUUGACCAGAUACAUUGAUUUGAGAAGCGUCUUCAACA